CCGUCACCUGUCAUGUGUGCCAUCAUGCUGCGCGCGUCUGAAUGAAGUCUUGUUUAAUGUCUUUCGCAAUCUUAGUCAGCGGUUUACUUUCAAACAGUCGUUUGUACCCGGAUUAAGAUGUCUGUAAUACGGUUUAUUCUAAAAACGGUGGUGGUUCUCGGGUUUCUGGUGUUGACAGUUCAGUUUCUAAGAUACUGGAUGGCAAAUAAACAGUAUGUCUUUACAAAAGAAGAUGUUGCCAGGUUAGCCAAACAGUAUGCAGGCCAGGACCACGAGCAAGCCUUCUCUAAGGUGGUGCUGGAGCUGAGGAAGAGGUACCCGGGUCACAUCCUGCCCGAUGAGGACCUGCAGUGGGUGUUUGUGAACGCGGGUGGCUGGAUGGGCUCCAUGUGUCUGCUGCACGCCUCUCUCACAGAGUAUGUGCUGCUGUUCGGGACGGCCGUGGACACAGGCGGACACUCAGGUCGUUACUGGGCAGAGAUAUCAGACACCAUCAUUUCUGGGACCUUCAGGCAGUGGAGAGAAGGCAGCACUAAAAGCGAGACGUACUAUCCAGGAGACACGAUCGUGCACGCGGUGGGAGAAGCCACGUCAGUGCAGUGGAGCGCCGGGACCUGGAUGGUGGAGUACGGCCGAGGAUUCAUCCCCUCCACGCUGGGCUUCGCUCUGGCCGACACCGUCUUCAGCACACAGGACUUUCUCACUCUGUUUUAUACUGUACGUGUUUAUGUGAAGAGUAUGAUCCUGGAGGCUAGCACUUUCCUCACUGACACCGGCGUCCUCUGAAACACACACACGUCUCUGAGUUAUUCUGAUAACUGACCACAACAUCAGCUGUGCGUCUGCCACACCCUGGAUCUAUGGAAAACACUUCAUGUGAUUACUUUUCCAAUGAUUGAAGUUUUAUUUUCCGUACUGUACAAAGAGUUUAUCAGACGUCUUUUCUAAAAGUGUAACACAGUUUUGGUCAACACAGUGUUUGUGUUUGAACGUGGCAAGAUGUUUUAGCAGCUCCAUACUGUCCUGAAACGGUUAUUACGAGGUAUGGAUAAAACAAUCAAAAGGUAGCUUCCUGUAUUUCCAGAUCACACUCUUUGCACCUUAAAAAUACUAAUGAAUAUUAA